AUGAGUCUCUCUGCACUCAUCCCUGCGAACACGCAAAAAGCGUGCACCACAGGGAUUGGUGCUUUUGAGCGCAUGCUAGAAGCAGAGAAUGUGUCUAUGAAUGUCAUUCAAGCCUGUGUGCGUGGUGACAGUUCUGGCAAGAGCCUUGCUGCCAUUAUGGACCGCUUUGGCUACUACCUCGCCACGUAUGAAGGUAAGAAAGGUAAGUUGGCGUCUAACACAGCCAUUUCAUACUUUAGAAACGUUAAGCUUUGGUUUUUCGAUGAGCAUCCUCAUCUUCGGGUUCCUACAGAGUUAACCCUGCUAAAGCAAGGCAAGACUUUGGAAAAACAUUGCUUGAAACGGGACAAUGGGGGAUUUACUAACAAAGCUCCGCCUUGCACGAAGGCGGAUUUAAGGUCACUAAUUCGCUAUGUCUACAGCACGGCGUCUGUCGCCACCGACUACGAAGAUGCGGCGCUCGCGUGCCUCAUG